GCGUCGGCCCACCGGGAAAAAUCUCGGUAUGACAUAUUUACCAGCCCACCACUGACUGCAUAAGAACUAUAGGCGACUCUUUGAAGGGGAAUGGGCUUUGUGGUAAGAGGGCGUGAGGGACGCCUCUGAAUAACGUCAUACGCCGCGUUGGCUUUCAGCGCUGCAAGUUUUGUGCCCUCUCCUCCCCCAACCGCACUCCGUCGGUGCUGGAAAAGUUUGUGAUCUGGGUAAAUGUCUGCAUACCUGGGAGAUUUAACAAUAAAAGAAGAAAGGGACUACGAGUGUUGCCACAAAGAGAGCAACCGCAUUUAAGGGAUGAUGACCCGAAAAGAUUGUUGUUACCGAAAAGUUUUGCAAUUUCGUUAGCUGCACAGCUUGAACGCAUUCGCCCCUUUCUUGGAUGGUGUAUUAGUUUUGUGGGAUCCUAAAAACUGUUGAAGAAAUGGCGGAAACUAAAAUAAUUUACCACAUCGACGAGGAGGAGACGCCGUACUUGGUGAAAAUUCCUAUAUCAUCGGAAGAAAUCACUCUAUUGGAUUUUAAACAGGUCUUAAACAAGCCAAACUAUAAGUUCUUCUUUAAGUCCAUGGAUCAAGAUUUCGGGGUUGUCAAGGAAGAGAUCUCAGAUGAUGCUGCGAAACUACCCUGCUUUAACGGACGAGUAGUCUCAUGGCUUGUGUCCUCAGAUUCCCUUCCUGUAGAGCUCCUCCCCCCUCCUCCUCCUCCUCCUCCACCACCUCCUCCUCCAGUGGAGGUGUGUCCCGAGCCCUCUCCUCCUCCGCCUCCUCUCCCACCUCCACCUGCUGAGAGACUGGGGGGCAUAGGGGACUCCAGACCUCCCUCAUUCCAUCCAAACGUGGCCGGUAGCGUGGAGAACCUUGACGAGCGCACGGAGACAGAAUCUGUGGUGUCCUUCAGAAGGGAGAGGCCCAGACGCAGAGAGAGCAUGGACCAGCAUGGGCCUCGUGUGAACGGACAGACCCGACUGGAGCGCCACCUAGCUGGCUACGAGAGCUCCAGCACCAUGAUGAGUAGCGAGCUGGAGACCACCAGCUUCUGUGACUCAGAAGAGGAUGACACCAUGAGCAGGUUCAGCAGUUGCACGGAGCAAAGCACAGCCUCCCGGCUGCUGAAGAGACACCGGAGGCGACGAAAGCAGCGCCCCCCCAGGCUUGAGCGGGCAUCGUCUUUCAGCAGUGUGACAGACUCCACCAUGUCGCUCAAUAUCAUCACAGUUACUCUCAACAUGGAAAAAUACAACUUCCUGGGCAUCAGUAUCGUGGGUCAGAGUAACGAGCGAGGGGACGGGGGCAUCUACAUCGGCUCCAUCAUGAAGGGAGGGGCCGUGGCCGCUGACGGACGGAUAGAGCCAGGAGACAUGCUGCUUCAGGUGAAUGACAUCAACUUUGAGAACAUGAGUAAUGACGACGCAGUCCGUGUCCUGAGAGAUAUAGUUCACAAACCAGGGCCUAUCAUCCUCACUGUGGCUAAAUGCUGGGACCCUUCACCCCAGGGCUACUUUACCUUACCUCGCAAUGAGCCUAUCAGACCCAUAGACCCGGCGGUGUGGGUUACUCACGCGGCAGCCCUGACGGGAGGCACGUACCCGAUUUACCCACCCCUCUCCGUCGCGGGGACCGAACGUAAGCUCUCCCCAGUCACGUCAGGCUUUGAGGAGUUUAACCUGUCUCUCCACUCUGACAUGGCGUCGGUGGCCAAGGCCAUGGCCUCCCCAGAGUCUGGGCUGGAGGUGCGAGACAGGAUGUGGCUGAAGAUCACCAUCCCCAACGCGUUCCUUGGCUCGGAUGUGGUGGACUGGCUCUAUCAUCACAUUGAUGGUUUCAAGGACCGCCGCGAGGCACGCAAAUAUGCCAGCAACCUCUUGAAGGCUGGCUUCAUCCGUCACACCGUCAACAAGAUCACUUUCUCUGAGCAGUGCUACUACAUCUUUGGAGAUUUCAGUGACUGUGAAAACUACAUGGCUAACCUGUCCUUGAAUGAUAAUGACGGCUCCAGUGGGGCCUCUGAUCAGGACACGCUGGCUCCGCUGCCUCUACCAGGGGCCACACCCUGGCCCCUACUCCAUACAUUCCCUUACCAGUAUCCCCAACCCUACACCAGCCAACCCCCGCCCUACCACGAGCUCUCCACCUACAACUACACCCCUGGCAGCACUGGCAGUCAGCACAGUGAAGGGAGCCGGAGCAGUGGUUCCACCCGUAGCGAGGGAGAGCGGAGGCGGGGAAGCAAAGAGGGUGGGAGCACCAGCGGUCGGGAGGAGAAGUCCCCCGUCGGGGGGACGGAGUCGCGCUCAGGCAGCGGCGGCAGCGAGUCCGAAUACUCCGUGCGCAGCAGUCGGAGGCGCGGCCACGGCUCGGCCACGCCCAGCGAGCACAGUCACAUGAGUCAGCGAUCGCAGCAGCGCACGCCCCAGCCCCCCCACAUGCCCUACCCGCCGGGCUUCCCCAUGCCCUACAACCCCAUGAUGCUCAUGAUGAUUCCCCAGCACCACCCGCACGUCAUAGGGGCCCCGCACCCUCAACUCUCCGCCGGGCCCUCACCUCUGCCUGGCAUGCACCCCUCCUCCACCCCCGGAGGUCCACCUGGCGCGCCACCCACCCGUGACCUUGGCUCUGUCCCGCCGGAACUCACCGCCUCCAGGCAGUCCUUCCACCUGGCCAUGGGCAAUCCCAGCGAGUUCUUUGUGGAUGUCAUGUAGCCAGAACAUGGCAUGUAAUAUUAAGUCAUGGCAUGGCAAUGUACAGAGACUCAAAGCACAGUCUGAAGACGACUACAAUGCUGGACACACUGUUGGAGGUUUACACAUAAAUACCACAAGAUUGUUUAUUAUAACCCACAUAGCGAUAGCUGUUUGCGGUGUCAGACUGCACGUCAUGAGACGGUUAUCAUUCAGUCUCCUGUGUGCUUUCAACUGGAAUGGUUAUUUGGUAGUAUCCACCCGUCCCACUGGAGAUUUGUGUGUCACGUUUGUGUGUGUGUGUGUGUGUGUGUGUGAUGCGAGGUUUGUGGACUAAAAGUUUAAAUUAAUAUUCCCCUGACUUUUCAAAUGCACCAUGUGAAAUAACUGCAUCUGCAACACAACUGGUCAGUUUUGAUGGACACAAAUUCUUGGUAAUGUCUACAGAAAUGGUGGCUUUUCAUGGUUGUGAAAUUCAGUUUUCAACCCCCAAUAUUUUCAUUAGAAAUACUAGUUGCUUUUUGUGGGAGAUGUUUUAAGAUGAAUUGUCAGCAUAAUUUCUUCACACAUUCAUACAAUGGACCAAAGGAAAUCAGGUUCAUAAUACUAGCUUUUAGGUAAUUUUUGUAAAGUACAAAUAUUUAUGUGAUGACCUGGUACAACAAACAUGAGAUUCAGUGAGUUUUCUAGUUUUCUACAUCCCUGGGUACAUUUGAUAAGAAGAAUGUAACUAGUUGUUUCUCUUCGGUUUCUGAUGUCUUAACUUAUGGGAAUGAGAAUGUAUUACUAAUCAAAGAAUAGUUGUAAUCCAUUCUUUUAACUGAAGUGAAGAAAAUAUUCCAUAUCACAGAGUGGGAUUGACUCGAAAAGAAUUUAGACUCCAAAAUCCCCUUUCUUCAGAUGUUAAUAAUUUGGCCUGCGCAGGUUUUUUGUUGUUGUUGUCAGGGCUUGAAAGAGAUACUGACAUGAGUAACUGAAAUGAGUAAAUUACGGUUUCCUUCCUUGAUAAUAGUGUCACAUAUGACUGUUGGUAUAGCACUCAUCAGUUCUGUUGUGGCAUCCAUCAUCAUCAUCAUCAUCAUCACAAAAUAUGUUAAUCACAAAGCAUGUAUGUAACGGUCAUAGUAUGUUUUUUUAUUGCUAUUUUUAUUUAGCUAAGAUGGCAGCAAACUGCCAGAGUGUUGUGGUGUGAAGGGGAGGCCCACACACCCAGGAGGCUGUCUCUGCAGUGCCACACACUGGGGAGAAAUAACAUGGUUACAUACACACAGUGAAGUCUAACAUGGUUAAAUACACACAGUGAAGUAUAACAUGGUUAAAUACACACAG